GCUGCGGGAUCGAGCGAGCGAGCGAGCGAGCCAGGGCCGGACCGUCCUGCUGCCCGCCCUGGACGGCCAUGGCGGCCGCAACUGCUGCCUCCGUCCCGUUGCUCCUGGGCUUCGUGUCCCUGCCUCUCUCCUUCUCCUCCUCCUCCUCCUUCUCCUCCUCCUCCAAGGUGGCGACGGCCAGUUUGGCCGCCAAAUGGCCCGCGACUCCGUUGCUGCUGGAGGCGAGUGAGUUUAUGGCAGAAGAAAGUAAUGAGAAGUUUUGGCAGUUUUUGGAGACUGUACGAGAAUUAACAAUAUAUAAGCAAGGAGACUCAGAAUAUUCCUAUUACAACUUAAUAUUGAAGAAAGCAGGACAAUUUUUAUCAAAUCUGCAGAUAAAUCUCCUAAAAUUUGCCUUUUCAAUAAGGGCAUACUCUCCAACCAUUCAGAUGUUUCAACAGAUUGCAGCUGAUGAACCGCCACCAGAAGGUUGCAGUGCAUUUGUGGUUAUUCAUGAACAGCACACCUGUAAAACUAAGGAGAUUAAAAAGCUUCUGAGGAAGGCUGCUGAGAGACCCAGGCCAUAUCUUUUCAAAGGAGAUCAUAAAUACCCUAAAAUCAAUGAGAAUGUUCCAGUGGCUAUUCUUUAUGCAGAAAUGGGUACAAAGGACUUCGUUAAAUUUCAUAAAAUCCUCGCUGAAAAAGCUCAAAACCAGGAGAUUAUGUAUGUUUUCCGGCAUUACGUUCAGAAACCAAAAUCCAAGAAAAUGUAUUUAUCUGGGUAUGGUGUGGAACUUGCAAUUAAAAGCACUGAGUACAAAGUAAUGGAUGAUUCACAAGUUAAAGCUACAAACGAGACAGACCUGGAAGAGGACAAUGAAGAAAAUGAAGUUCAGGGAUUUCUUUUUGGGAAAUUGAAUAAAAUUCAUCCGGACCUUAAAGAUAAUCUGAAGGAGUUGAGAAAACACCUUAUUGAAAGUACUAAAGAAAUGGUGCCUUUGAAAGUUUGGGAACUUCAAGAUAUUAGUUUUCAAGCAGCUUCUCAAAUUAUGUCUACUCGUGUUUAUGAUGCCUUAAAAUUAAUGAAAGACAUUUCUCAGAACUUCCCAAUAAAGGCCAGAUCUCUGACAAGAAUUGCCGUGAACCAAGACAUGAGAAAAGAAAUAGAAGAAAAUCAAAAGAAUUUCCCUGAAGUCCUUGGAAUUCAGCCGGGGGAUGCUCGUCUGUUUAUAAAUGGUCUCCAUAUUGACUUGGAUCUUCAUGAUCCUUUUAGCAUUUUGGAAAUACUAAAAUCAGAUGGGAAAGUAAUGCAUGGUCUUCAUGAUCUUGGACUCAACGAGGAAGACCUCAGCAGACUUCUAAGAUUAAAUACACAUCCUACAGAUGUCAGCUAUGCAUUAGAUAUUCGUCAUCCUUCAAUUAUAUGGAUCAAUGACAUAGAAAAAGAUGACAUGUAUAAACUGUGGCCUACCAGUUGCCGGGAGCUUCUGAAGCCCAUAUUCCCUGGAAGCAUACACCAAAUUAGACGUAAUUUUUACAAUUUGGUUCUGUUUGUUGAUCCAGUUCAAGAAAUGGCAGCUGAUUUUGUGAAAGUGGCUGAACUAUUCUAUCAUCAUAAAAUUCCCCUUAGAAUUGGUUUUGUAUUUAUUCUUAAUACUGAUGAAAAAGUGGAUGGAAAAGAUGAUGCUGGAGUUGCUCUUUGGAGAACUUUUAAUUACUUUGCAGAAGAAGAUGAUAUCACACGGGCUUUUAUCUCCAUAGUAAAUAUGUACCAUAAAGUGAAGAAAGGAGAAACUCUGACUGUAGACAAUGUGAAGAGUGUUCUUCAAAAUGAAUUUCCUCAUGCUGAUCUCCAGGAAAUCCUGGGAGUUGAUUCAGAGUACGAUGAGAAAAGGAAGGCAGGAGCAACCUUUCAUAAAAUGACUGGCCUGGGUUCUUUGCCUCAAGCUCUAUUUAAUGGAGUGCCCUUUAAGAGUGAAGAGGUGGAUGCUGAAGAGAUGGAAACGGUUAUUCUCCAAAAGAUUAUGGAUGCAACAGAGUUCUUUCAGAGAGCAGUCUUCAUGGGAUUGCUAAAUGACCAGAUGGAUGCAAUUGAUUUUCUUAUGGAUCAGAGUAAUGUGGUAUCUCGUAUCAGUCCCUUAGUACUUGGCACUGAAAGGCGAUAUCUUAAUUUAAUAUCCACAUCAGUGUCAGUUGAUAUUCAAGAUUUCUCCACUUUCUCCUAUUUGGAUUCACAAGAUAAGAGUGCUGUAAUUGCAAGGAAUAUGAGAUAUUUAACCAAAAAAGAUGAAGAUGUAAUUUCUCCAGUCACCAUCUGGAUUAUUGCAGAUUUUGACAAGUCAUCUGGGAGGCAACUACUUUCUAAUGCUUUGAAACACAUGAAAACCACUUCGCAUACCCGCCUUGGAGUUAUUUGCAACCCCACAUCAAAAUUGAAUGAAGAGAACACUGCUAUUUCUAGAGGAAUUUUGGCAGCUUUCCUAACACAGAAAAACAAGCAUUUAAGAAAUUUUCUUAAUAGAUUGACAAAGGAGGAGACAGUCAAAGAGAUUGCUAAUGGAGUUAAAAUCAAGAAAUUUCUUCUUCCGGGAAUGGAUGUGAAUGCUUUUGAGAAGAAAUAUAAUACACUUGGAGUGGAUAUUAUUCAAACUCACAAGUUGUUCUGUCAAGAAGUCCUUGAACUGUUUCCUGGAAAAAUGGCCGUUGUCAGCAAUGGGAGGGUCCUGGGACCAUUGGCUGAAAACUAUUUCUAUACUGAAGAUUUUCGCUUAUUGGAAAAAAUAACAUUUAGAACCUCAGCAGAGAAAAUUAAAACAAUCAUUAAGGAUAUGAAAGUCAACUCAGAAAGUGGAAGUGACUUGGUUAUGAAAGUGGAUGCCCUUCUAUCUUCAAGUCCUAAAAGAAUGUCAAGACAGCAAGUUAAAUUUCUUAAAGAACAACACAGUAUUAUAAAGAUAAAUCCUCAAGAAAAUGAUGCAUUUUAUGAUGUUGUUGCUAUAGUGGAUCCAUUGUCAAGAGAAGCCCAGAAGAUGGCACACGUAUUGAUUGUACUUGGCCAAAUAGUCAACAUGAAGCUGACAAUAUUUAUGAACUGUAGGUCCAAGCUCUCAGAAGUACCUUUAAAGAGCUUUUACCGCUUUGUUCUGGAAUCAGAAUUGAAAAUGGAGCCCAGUGGUAUUCUCACUUCUGGGCCUAUGGCAAAAUUCUUGGAAAUGCCUGAAUCGCCACUUUUGACCCUAAACAUGAUUACUCCGGACAACUGGUUGGUUGAAGCAGUAUAUAGUUCCUGUGACCUAGAUAAUAUUCAUUUAGAAGGCAUCGAGGGGACUGUGACAGCAGAAUAUGAACUGGAAAAUCUGUUACUUGAAGGACACUGCUUUGAUAUAAGUUCUGCUCAGCCUCCUCGGGGUUUGCAAUUUACCCUUGGCAUGAAAAAUAAGCCCGCAAUGCUCGAUACCAUUGUGAUGGCCAAUCUGGGAUACUUUCAAUUAAAAGCAAACCCAGGUGCUUGGACUCUGAGAUUGCGCAAAGGAAAAUCUGAAGAUAUUUACCACAUAAUUGGGCAUGAAGGAGCAGACUCUCCGUCAGACUCAGAUGAUGUUAUUGUAGUAUUAAGUAACUUUAAAAGCAAAAUCCUUAAAGUACAGGUACAGAAAAAGCCAGACAAAAUUAAUGAAGAUCUUCUUUCUGAUAAAAAUAAAGAAAACCAACGAAUUUGGGACUCCAUUUCAAGUUCUGUAGAAGGAAUCCAAAUAGAGGAAAAAGACCAAUCCAAUCAAGAUUUUCUAAAUAUCUUUUCAGUUGCUUCUGGCCAUUUAUAUGAGCGUUUUUUGAGAAUUAUGAUGCUUUCUGUUUUACGUCAUACUACAACACCAGUUAAAUUUUGGUUUUUGAAAAAUUAUCUCUCUCCAACAUUUAAAGAUAUCAUUCCUCACAUGGCAGAGGAAUACGGAUUUCACUAUGAGCUGGUCCAGUAUAGGUGGCCUCGAUGGCUUCAUCAGCAGACUGAAAAGCAAAGAAUUAUUUGGGGUUACAAAAUUCUGUUCCUUGAUGUCCUUUUCCCACUAGCUGUGGACAAAAUCAUUUUUGUGGAUGCUGAUCAGAUUGUGAGAGCUGAUCUAAAGGAGCUCAGAGAUCUUGAUUUAGGUGGCGCUCCAUAUGGCUAUACCCCAUUCUGUGACAGCCGCACAGAAAUGGAUGGAUAUCGUUUCUGGAAAACAGGAUACUGGGCAUCACACCUUGGGAAAAGGAAGUAUCACAUCAGUGCCCUCUAUGUAGUAGAUCUCAAGAAGUUCAGAAAAAUUGCAGCAGGAGACCGACUUAGAGGCCAGUACCAGGCUCUCAGUCAAGAUCCAAACAGCCUGUCAAAUCUAGACCAGGACCUGCCUAAUAAUAUGAUUCAUCAGGUCGCCAUUAAGUCUCUUCCUCAAGAGUGGCUGUGGUGUGAAACUUGGUGUGAUGACAAAUCCAAAAAACAAGCCAAAACAAUUGACUUGUGUAAUAACCCCCAAACUAAAGAACCCAAAUUGGAAGCGGCUGCCCGAAUUGUCCCCGAAUGGUCAGAGUAUGACACUGAGCUCCGACAGCUGAUACAGCGGACUGAAGAGGGGAAGAAAAGCUCAAGCAAACCAACCUCCAAGAAGGGCUUCCAACGGGAUGAACUUUAAUUUAUUGGCUUUUGGAAAAAAAAAGUUUUUUUUGAAAAACACCAGUUCUGCUACGGGCCAUGGAAUGAAGGAUGUCACAGCUGCAGAAGCUUGAUUUUACUAUUUAUCACUGCACUUGUCAAAGGGUCCCUAACCGAAACUCAGAUUACUUAAGACCUGUCCAUGUACCAAGUGUAGCAAUGCAAACAAAACUUACAAGAGUAACUUUCUAAUAUGGAAUCCUAAAUGACGGGAUCCUCAAAAAUCAGGUAUCCUUGCUGCAUUUCCCUCUAAAUCGGUGCACCCCAGUUCUUUAGCAAAGUGUGUCUGCAGAUGAGCUGCUGAACCAAAUACACCUGAAGUUUCAGAUGCUGGAUUUUUCAUUUUACCACAUUCUACUUCUGCACAGACUGUUCCAUAAAGAGACUGGGCAUUUGGUUUUACUAAGUGGUGCGAUGUCAAUGGGUAUUUUUAGUUUACUAAAACAUACGUUUGCCUUAUUUAAGAAAAGAUGUGUUACUUUCCAAUGUGAAUUCAGGGAAGACUUCAUAGAGGAGUGCAUUCUAAUUGGUCUCUGAGAAAAUGGUUAGGCCAAACAGAGUGAACUGUUAUUGCAAUAAAAAUAUUUUUAAAUUGGAGUUUUCAAAUUAAAAACCUAGAAAAGAUUUUAUGUUGACCUUUUUCUCACUUUAAAACAACAGCAAUAGUUUCUCACAGUUUCCUUUUAUAGCAUACAAAUCUGAGUUUUUCCAAAUUAAAACUCACGUUUUCACCAAA